AUGCUCGCGUUCACAUUGUUUACGCUGACGCUGACGAUCGUCCAGUCGAUCAGUCCCAGCACAGCCAACACCGUGCAUAGCAAUUCGUUCGACGCAAUUAAAGGAUGUCUACAGUUUGAUGAGGUACCCGGAUAUAACGAUACGCCGGUAUACUUUGCCACCAAUACCUUCCGAAACGUGGGCCGUACGAGCAACUCGCGCUACUUCCGGAUCGGCAUAGUCGGUGCUAACGAUGGUCACAUCCGGUUCGGCCGAUCAGCGUUCCCGUUCGAUGAGUCCGUCGUCGAGCUUGUGCUCAGUGGCUGGGGCAAUACACAGUCCGUCGCCCGGAGACAGAUACGUCGCCGUGAUCAGUCGUUCCAGAAUGUGCUGCUGAAGGAGGCUUCCACACCGCGUUUGUUGCACCGUUCGAGACCGCUGGUGUUCCGGAUGGAAGUGUUCGACAAUGGGCGGGUGCAACUGACGAAGGAUGGCGAACGGCGACCGUUUUUCGAGUAUAGCGAUAGCCAGAAUGCGAUUCCACCGGACUAUAUGGCGUUCGUAAAGUGGGAUGUAAAUCUGAUUUACUUCUACGACUGCCCGCUGAAUGAUGAUGGAGCUGGUGCAGUUGGAGAAGAAUCCGUGCUGUUGCGAUGCAGCCUUGCAUAA